UAACGGAGCAACAUAGUGAAAAUAUUAUAGUGUUUAAUCAAAAUAUAUAUUUAUUUUCUAUCAUUAAUAUUAAAUAUAUGUGGAAACAAAUAUUCGUUCAACGGGAUUAUUAUAAUAAUUGUUAAUGGGAAUCGCAUUUUUCCUUUUUAAUAGAAUCUAAUUAAAUUACAACGAGGAAAAGUAUAAUACGUAAUUUUUGUUAAAGAUAAUUAUUAAAUGUUAUAACAUAUAAUACGCGUAUCUCUCGAGAUGAAUUAUUUAUUACAAUAAUAAAAAUAAAUAGAAAUACAAAUCGUGGAUUCAAAAGAAAGAUCUCGAAAGAAGAAAAAGAGGAAGAAAAAAGAUGAAAGAUGAGAAAUAAAUGAAGGUGGGGAAGAAGAAGAAGAAGAAGAAGAAAACAGGUGGAAUACCCAGGUAGCCGUUGUUUUUCUCAUUCCGAUUCUCCUCGUUGACUCUGUGUGUGUGUCUGUGCUCAGCGGAGCUUGCGAAAGCAAGCGGAAGUUAGAGGAAAAAGAAGAAAAAAAAAAAAAAUUGAAAAAGGGAGAAGGGACGACGACAUCCAGGAUGUCCGAGGAAUUGCGCACGCAACGUUUAGGGACGUCGUCGUUGUCACACGGAGAAUAUACGAUGCAAAACGAUGAAGAAAUUAUUCAGUACGCUCCUAGGAGCCGUCCUGUCAGUUUUUAUGAUAAUUUUAAGGACGUAUCGAUAAUGCCAACGUGCGUGACCUCAGCAAUGAGCGUUGGUAAUUUGAGUCAGGUUCGAGAGAACGAUAAUAAUACUUCAUCGAACCUACCGCAAACUAGUAACAAUAAUAAUAAUAAUAAUAAUAAUAAUAAUAAUAAUAAUAGGGUUAGCAGUGCGAUGAGUGCUGGUAACGUUUCCAAAAUUCACACUGUUAGAGUUACGGGUGCAUUAUCGAUGGGUAACAUUGGUAAAACAUGUAGAACCGAUAAAAUAGACAAGGAACUUGGACGUGCACCAUCGAUGGCCAAUUGUUUGUCAACUACCGUUCCCGUUAAUCUUGCUGCAUCACAAAUAGCAGGUCGACACACACCCACGAGAAAUUCCCUCAGGCACAGUAGAAUGAUCGUACUCAAUCGUAGUGGUCAAAGAGCACAAAAAUUUUUACCACCAUUAGUUUAUCAUGGACAAUUGGCAAAAUGUUUGGCAGCAUUGCAAACCAUACUUGGGAUAGCAAUUAUUUCAUUAUCGUUAUGGUUGUUACUAUGGGCUCCAAAUUUACCUAUCACUGAUAAUCCUUAUUGGAGUGGAAUGCCUUUAUUACUUUCAGGAAGUUUCGGUGUAUGUUUGCUCUGUUGUUUCAAGAAAGAAUAUCCAGGUAUGAGUCCAGGUGUUUGUUUAACGUUAACCAAGGGAAUCAGUGCAUUGCUCGCAAUAUCGGCAUUUGUUGCGUGCAUAUUAGCUUGCAUUUCAGCAGCAGUGCAUCUGGCACAUCUUAUGAGAUUAGAGUGUACACCGGCACGCGUAUUAAACGCCACGUGUGUUUGUAGGCCACGAGGAGAACAAGGAAAUGCAACUAUGACAACAACGUUUAAAACCGAAGCAUCAGCUGUCAAAUAUUUGGAUUUAAAUUGUCCCGAAGUUGAAAGUAUAUUAACAAUAUUAUUAAUAUUUUCGUCAACGUGUAAUGCAUUUGGUGCAAUCAUUGCUGGAUGGUAUAGUUAUCUUCAUUGGAGUACCAGACGAAAAAGACCUAAAUACGUACCAGUUAGAACUAUGGUGUUUGAUUCGAGUAGGUGAUAUUCCGAUUAUCCUUUCGUCAAAACUUUAUAUCUUUAUCAACCAAAGUAUUAUUCGACGAUUAAAUAAUAAUACAGUGACGUUUGAAUAAUUUUAAAAGUGAUUCAAUUCAAUCUAAUCUGUAAUUAACGAUUGACAAAAGUACAACAAAUAUUAAAACAUUUGUUCGAAACGUUAUCGUCAUCAAGGAUGCAACGAUGCACAACGAUCAGUAUUUAUUUAUAAGAAAUCUUAAACAUCGUUUCAUACCACGUAUGGAAUUAUCUUAAUUGUAUGCGUGUAUGUAUGUAUGUAUGCAUAAAUAUAGGUGUGCGUGUGUGUAUGUUUGAUCGAACGUUAAUACACGUUUGUUCGUAUUCGUAUUAUCGAGCAAAGUUUCGACGAUUUUUUAAUGCACAUAAACGUCAUCCAUAAACGUAAUAUCAAAACGAAAGACUCCGAAACUGCAUACCUCAGUGUGUUAGAUUAUUUCGACACUUGCUAGUUCAGCAUAAGUACCUCUAACAAUUUUAUUACGAAUAUAUUAUAAUUUUAUAUAAUGAUAAGAGAAAAAUAACGUGAAAAUUAUCUAGGACAAAAUAA